AAAAUACAAAUAAGUUUCGUAAAAUAACUUUCCAACAAGACCUUGCUGUCAUCUCAGCUAAUUACGGCUCUGAUACGCGCUCAUUAGCACAUCCCCACCUUUGCUACCUUGCUUCUCCACCCACCACCCUUUCAGAUCUCCGUCCUGGCUCCGCCUCUCGCCGGCGUUAUAAUGGGCUGGUCUGAAAGUGGUGGAGAGACGCAGAACCACAGAGGAAGAGAGAGAUAAUGACAAUAACACUAAUAACCCUAAUAACCCGGGUGCGAGGAGCCAGCCCGGUGUCCCGGCACUGACCGGGGACGAAGCCGGAGAGACAGGAAUAACCUCGACUUCCCUCGGGAGCUUCUCGGAGCGCCGCACGGUAACCUCGGAGCAGCACCGGGCUCCGGUGGGAAGGCAGAGAGGAACCGGCUCCGCGGGGACCUCGUCGCCCCCAUGGAGCGGCGGGAGUAAAGACCGAGAAGGACACAAAAAAAAAAAAAAAAGAAAAAGAAGGGGGGGGUUGGAAAAAAAGAGCGAAAAGGAGGUGGAAGCCGGAGGAAGCACCCGCGGGUGCAUCGGGCAUCGCCACCUGCCCUCGGCGGCGGGGAAAGGGCCAGCUCAGUGCCGGCGGCUCCCGGGGAGGUGGGGAGCCAUGAAGCUGGAGGUGUUCUCGCAGCACUACGAGGACAAGCUGAGCGCCGGCAGCGACCAGGAAGGCAGCGGGUCCCUCUCCCCGGCGCCGGCCGAGAGCGAGCUGGGCUCGGACGGCGACUGCGCCGCCCACAGCCCCGGCGGCGGGGCCGGGAGUCAGGGGCUGCCCCCGCCGCCCCCCGCCGCCCCGCAGCCGCCUCCCGAGAGCAGCAGCAAGGGCAAGCCCUACACUCGGCGGCCGAAGCCGCCCUACUCCUACAUCGCCCUGAUCGCCAUGGCCAUCCGCGACUCGGCCGGGGGCCGCCUCACCCUGGCCGAGAUCAACGACUACCUGAUGAGCCGCUUCCCCUUCUUCCGCGGCGCCUACACGGGCUGGCGCAACUCCGUGCGCCACAACCUCUCCCUCAACGACUGCUUCGUCAAGGUGCUGCGCGACCCGGCGCGGCCGUGGGGCAAGGACAACUACUGGAUGCUCAACCCCAGCAGCGAAUACACCUUCGCUGACGGAGUCUUCCGACGGCGCCGCAAGCGGCUGAGCCGCGCCGCCCCGCCGCCCUCCCGCCCCGCCGCUCCGCACGACGCGGGGUCCCCCGGCGCUUCCCCGCGCUGCUGCUGCGCCUCCUCGCCGUGCAACUGCGCUGCGGGCUCCGCCGCCAAGGAGGCGCCCGCGGGGGGAGGCGGCGGUGGGGCGGCAGCGGGAAGCGGCGGCUCCAAGUUUUCCAGCUCCUUCGCCAUCGAGAGCCUCCUGCGGCGGCCGGCGGGGCCCCGCACGGCCGCCCCCCCGCAGCCCCCGCACGGCCGCGUCGUCUGGCCGGCGCCCCCGCACCUGCUGCCCGGCCCCUACCCGCUGCUCCCCUACCCACCUGCCGCGCCGCCGCUGUACGGCGGGGGCCUCCUGCCGCUCUGCAGGUUCGGGCUGGGCGAGCCGCCCUCGCCGCUGAUGCUGGGGGCAGAGCCGCAGCAGCCGCCGCAGCGCCCGCGGGCGCCGCUCUUCCCCGCUGCCCUCGCCAAGGACGGGCGGGGGGCGCCGGCCCCGCUGUACGGGUCCCUCCGGCUGCAGCCGGCGGCCGGGGGCUCGGCUCCGUUCCAGCCGUACGCCGUGGAGACCCCUCUGGCUUAAUGGAGCCCCCCUCCUCCCUUGCGAAGGGCCUGCCCGGGGAGGCGGGGAGGGGGAAAGGUAGGCGGCUCUGGAUCCCGCACUUUAACUCCAAGCCUCCAAGCAAAAAUAAAAAAAAGCCUUGGUGACUGUGCCUUAAUGAAAUGACAGUGCGUUUAACUUCAACCAAAAAAAAAAAUCUAAACAAGAAAACUGUCUUUUUGGACAUAGCCAUGAGCCUCAAGUGCUUCUUACUGUUCGUUGAGACUACUUGACUUAAGCCUCUCCCUCGCCGCCUCCUUUCUAUCCCCCGUCUUGUCCCCGCAUCUCCUGCCACCAAAGCCUGGGAUUCCCGCAGGGAUGCGCUGUGCACUGGGAGGAGGGAGAGGGGUCGGGGGCGCCUGCGGGAGGGAGAAGGGGAGGGGUCCGGGGGCUGUUGAGGAGCCGUAGGUCUGUACUGCAAAGUGAUGCAUCACUGUGCCAAAAAGAAAUCUUUUCUCCUGUCCGGCAACUAGCAUUUCGUGGGGAGGGAGGACCUUAAAUUAUUUAUAAAAGUAGUGGUUUUAACACAAAGAGAUGCAGCUUUCUUUUUUUAAUUAAUUAUUGUUCGGGGGGCGGGAUCGGGGAAAGGGCUCAUGGAAAUGUCAGGCGUUGUCUCCUGAACUGAUUGGCGUUGUGCACCUAAGGCCAAGACCACUGCUACUGGAAAGAGAAGAGUAAUUUUUUUCCCCCUUAUUUUAUUUUUGUGUUUGUAUAUAUUAUAUAUGUGCGUGUGCAUUUUAUUGACGCUUGGCCACAGUGUUUUUCCUUUUUGUGUGUGUGUGUGGUUUAGUUUUUUUGUUUGUUUCUUUUUUUCUUUCUCCUCUCCCCCGAAUAAAAGCUGCUCCAUAAAUAAAGACAGUAAUACGAGCGUGAUGUCUGUGCUGGCGUGGAGGGAGGGAACUCCGCCGUGGUAGCCUUGGCCGAGGAGCAUUGGGGCUGCCGGGACAGAGAGGUUCUGCUCUUGGGCUGCCUCCAGGUUUGGAAGUCCCUCUUCAAUUCCUGGAAGUCAAAUCAGGUUUCCCCGACGGUGCUCAGCCCUGCAGAAAGGCAGGAGGACUUGCAGGCUGGCUGCCCGACUUGGGGGCAGCUUGUGGGAGCCUUGCGCAUCUUUUAUUUUCUCUCCUCCUUUUUCUUUUAUUCCCCGGAGCACAGCAGACGAAACGUGAUCCUGUUGUCAUCUUUCGGUCCAAAGAAAACUUGCUUCAGGAAGGUCGUUUUGACACCACAGGGCUCCGGCUGCUUCUGUUGGGGACAGCCUCGCAGGGAGCGUAUCUGCAGGGAGCGAAACCUCAGCAGG